AUUUUCAAUUUUUCAGGCACUCAGGCAGGCAACUGGCAACACUUCUAUCAAAACACAAUAUUUUAUUAGUUUGAUAAACUGCGCAUGCGUUAUAGGGGAAUGAUGAGCGGAGUUAUGACUUACGGCACGUGGAGUGUGUGAAGCAAACGAGUGAUCGGAUCGGAGUGAUAGUGAAAAUUUUUCAUUGUGAUCUAAAGCACGUGUAUUGAAGUGAUGAAUACCAAAAUGUUAUGAAUUUGUAUGAUUGCACGAAUUUUUCAAUCUGAAUUGUGUUGCAAGAAGUGGAUUGGGGUUUUGCCGUUACUUUUCAUUAUUGCGUCGUUUUGCAGCAUCUGGCUUCAUCGUAAACUUGGAAUCCAGCACCAUUUUUGAAAAGUAUCGUAUACUUACUUAUUCUCCCAUACCUGCUUGUAGAGAUGGGCCAGUCAACUUCGUCCUCUCAAUCUCAACCAUCUGCGUUUAAUUCAGAAGCCGAAGAAGCCUCAAUUAAAAAUGAACAUUGUCUCGUCGAUGUCAAAUGGGGAGAAUUCUCUUAUUUAUGGACAAUCAAACAUUUCAAACAUUUCCAUUGCAAAAUGAGUAAAGUUCUGAAAUCGAGCGUAUUUAAAAUCCCCACGUAUCCUGAAUGUGAAUGGCACUUGGAAUUUAAAGUUGAAAAUACGACGCCUUAUUGGGGUGAUUAUUAUUUCGCAUUGUAUUUGCACCUUGAUAAAGGCUUUAGCGAUGGUAGGCCUAUUUUAGCUAGAGCGAAAUUUUAUAUUUUGGAUGGUAAAGGAAAUAAAGUAAAUGUUUUCCAGUAUUACCAUGUAUUCAAAGCAGGUGCAAACUCUUGGGGAUACGCAACAUUUAUUUCAAAGGCAAGAUUACUAAAACCAUUUCCAGGCCUACGAAUAUUACACAAAGACGCGUUGACCAUUGUGUGUGAACUGAAAGGCGCUACAUUAAACAGCACAACCGUCGAAACAGUGCAGCGGUGUAGUAUAGCACCAAUGAUCACCGAAAACGGUGUAUCAAAGAGUUUGGAAGGCUUAUUGCUUAAUCAAGACUUUAUAGACGUGACAUUCUCUCUGAAUGGUGAGAAUUUCGGUGCUCACAAGAAUAUUUUAGCAGCGCGUAGUCCUGUUUUCGCUGCGAUGUUCAAACACGAUAUGGAAGAAAAUCGACUCAACAAGGUAGACAUUCCAGACAUGAAACCUGAAGUGUUUAAAGCAUUUCUACACUAUUUGUAUACCGAUAAAACUCCAGAUCCGGGGAUGGUAUGUGACUUACUUGUAGCAGCUGAGAAAUAUGAUGUGAAUGGUCUGAAACUACUUUGUGAAGAAAUGUUGUUGAAGGAUUUGUCUGAAGAAAACGCAAUUGAUGUUUUAGUGUUUGCUGAUCAAUAUAUGUUUGAACAUUUGAAAAAGCAAGUGAUAUUUUACAUUACAAAGCACUUUGCUUGGAUCACUUCAACUCAGUCGUGGAAAGAUACUAUUUUGGCACAUCCUCAUUUAUUCGAUGAAGUGAAUGGAGUAAAUCAACCAUUGGUAUUGUCCAACCUUCCGGGUACAUUUUCGAAAUUGAUGAAGCCUCGAUCAAGCGCUACCACGACGUGGGUGUGACAAGAAAAUAAUCUAAAUUUAAAAUCUAUGAUCUUAAUGUCAAUUUUUGUGUCAUUAAAUUACUUAUUAUUAGUAUUAUUUUCAUACUUUGUUACUUUCUUUUUCUAUCAGUAAUUUUCAUCAACGUUUUCUAUACUCAUUCUGUUUGUUGAUUUCAGUUGUCAAAUAAUGUCAAGUAAAAUUUUAUUUAAAAUUCA